GGCUCGGGGCAUGGCGGGCCCCGGCGCCCGGCCCGCGCGCCCUCGCCCACCGCCGCGCCGCCAACGCGCGCCUUCGCCCGCGGGAACCGGGCGCUGACACAGCGCGGCACGGCCCAGGCGCAUGGCGCAGGCCGGCCCCCGCCCACCGCCGCCCGCGCUCCCGGGGCAGCCCCCGGCCUCCGCGCCCGCCGCCCCGGGACCGCUCCCCGGCGCCCGCGCCCUCCCCGGCGCGCAGGCCCCGGCGCCCCCGCCCCCGGCCCCUCCUCUUCCUCCCUCCCGGCCCCCCGCGCCCCCUCCCCCGCCCCCUCCUCCUCCUCCUGCCCUCUCGGGCUGCACCGCCACCAACAGUGGCGGCGGCGGCAGCAGCGGCAAAGGCCACAGCAGGGACGUCGUGCUCCGGAGGGACCUCUCGGCCGCGGCCCCCGCGGCGGCCAUGCACGGGGCCCCGCUCGGAGGGGAGCAGCGGGGCGGCGGCGGCUCCCCCCGGGCCCCGACCCCGCCUCCGCGGCCGGCCGGCGCGUUCCUGGCGGCCAGCGGCGCCUACGCGGCCCGGGACGGCGGCGGCCCCGCGCUCUUCCCCGCGCCGCGCGACGCCCCGGGCGCCCCGGCCGGGCCCCCGCUCAACGGCCAGAUGCGCCUGGGGCUGGCGGCGGCCGAGCUGUACGGCCGCGCGGAGCCGCCCUUCGCGCCGCGCUCGGGGGACGCGCACUACGGCGCGGUGGCGGCCGCGCUGCACGGCUACGGCGCCGUGAACUUCAACCUGAGCCUGGCGGCGGCCGCGGCGGCAGCGGCGGCGGCGGCGGCCGGGCCCGGGCCCCACCUGCAGCCGCACGCGCCGCCCCCGGCGCCCCCGGCCGCGCCGCGCCCCCCGCGCCUCCCCGGCGCGCCCGCGGCCUUCCUGCGCUACAUGCGGCAGCCAAUCAAGCGGGAGCUCCUCUGCCAGUGGCUGCAGCCCGAGCCGCCGGCCGCGCCGCCGCCCGCCACCCGGCCCUGCUCCAAGACCUUCGGCACCAUGCACGAGCUGGUCACGCACGUCACGGUGGAGCACGUGGGCGGCCCGGAGCAGAGCAGCCACGUCUGCUUCUGGGAGGACUGUCCGCGCGAGGGCAAGCCCUUCAAGGCCAAGUACAAGCUCAUCAACCACAUCCGCGUGCACACGGGCGAGAAGCCCUUCCCCUGCCCGUUCCCGGGCUGCGGCAAGGUGUUCGCGCGCUCCGAGAACCUCAAGAUCCACAAGCGCACUCAUACAGGGGAAAAGCCUUUCAAAUGUGAAUUCGAUGGCUGUGACAGGAAGUUCGCCAACAGCAGUGAUCGGAAGAAACACUCCCACGUGCACACCAGCGACAAGCCCUACUACUGUAAGGUCCGAGGCUGUGACAAGUCCUACACCCACCCCAGCUCCCUGAGGAAGCACAUGAAGAUACACUGCAAGUCGCCCCCUCCCUCCCCGGGAGCCCUCGGCUACUCCAUGGGGACCCCAGGCUGCGACAGCCUGUCCCCCGUUCUGGACACAGCCAGGAGCCGCUCCAGCACGCUGUCCCCUCAGGUCACCAACCUCAACGAGUGGUACGUUUGCCAGGCCAGCGGGGCCCCUGGCCACCUCCACACGCCCUCCAGCAAUGGGACCACCUCCGAGUCUGAAGACGAGGAAGUGUACGGGACCCCUGAAGUCGUGCGGACGCUCCAUUAGAACCACCACUGCGUGAGACAGGGUGCCGGAACCCUCUGACUGCACCCUAACCUGAGACAAACUGGCUCAGGCUUCCACCGGCUCCUGUUAGUCCUAUUUAUUCAGUAUGAAACCCUAUGGUGUUUGUACAUUUGAUUAAUUUAAUUAAGAUAUUUGGUUGGGGUUUUGUUUUGUUUUUCCUUUCCUGUUUCUCCUAAAAAAACAAAAACAAAAACAAACAAAGAAAACAGAACAGGAAGAGGGGCGUAGCUCCGUGGUAGAGCACCUGCCCUCUGUGCACGAGGCCCUGGGCUCAAUUUCCGGCAGUAACAGCAAAUAACAAACAGCCAAGCUGAGCUUGUACAUUGCAGGGGGCCAUCCUGGAGGCCGAUUCUAUCAAGGAAAAUGAGGGAAGGAAUUGAGACAUACACUGCCAAUACAAUAUAUGUGCACACACACGCCUGUGUUGUGUGUCCAGUAUUAGGUCAGAGGUUAGCACAGCAGCCAGGCCCUCUGUGUGUCCUGGAGUGCCUCUUGGAUGCCUCAGGCACUGGCAUGAGGGCUGCUUUUGAGCCUCUUGAUUGUAAAACACACUUUCUGCACUGACAAUAGAUCCUGGACUGUGCCUGUGUCUAAAAGGUUUUGUAUAACAAACAAACAAACAAACUUUGGUUUCUAAUAUCAUUUUAAUUCCUGUGCUUUUCUUAUUGCCCUCACCGUGACAUGCUAUUUUUAUACAGGAUUGUUCCGUCAGUGUCUUUCCUUACGUGGUUUAAAAACAGAACAGCCAGCGGCGUGCAGACACCCUCACACAGCUCCAUAAACCGUGCUACUGUGACUGUUCAAGCAGAGGUACAGGAGCUGUGAGACAGAAAACUGGGAAACUGAUCUUUUAUAAACUAGAAGGAAUUCAAGUGCUCUCUUUUUCCUCUGCUGGGUUGUGUUGUUUUGAUUUUAAAUCGGGGAUUUCAGAUGCCUCCUUGCUGUGCCCAAACAUGAGGGAUGGUAGGAAGCUGUAUUUUUGACCACAAGGUCUUCAGGAUGCCAACAUGCACAGGGAGGUCUGUGGUGUCAGAGUGCCAACCUGACCAUUUUUUAAAGCUUAGGCCAGCUCCUCGUUUGUGCUACUUUAUCAACCUUUUUUUAAAAAUGUCUUUGUUUUUAAUGAAUUUUCCUUCAUCUGUGACAUGUCAUCUGAAAAUGACAGUGUAAAGUAUAUGAUUUACAUUAUAAGAGGAGGAGUUGCUAUACAUGAUAAAAAUUUUAAAAGGUUUAUAGUUGCCACCAAACACUCAAUGUGUGACCUUUGCCAGAGCUGUCAAGCCAGGAUGCAAAGGGUCAAGGACCCAGGACAAUAACUCUUAAUUUCUGUUCAGUUGUUACAACACAUGUCCUGUGCAAA